CUUCAGCUCGUUCAGCUUAGGUUUUUCACACGUGGUCCGUCUGUUGUUUACUGCGUGUUAUCAUUUGGAUUUUCCAUUUAAAUCCUUAAUUUAGCGUGAAAAAUGGCUAAGAGUCUGAGAAGUAAACACAAGAGGAAAAUGCGUGCCGUAAAGAGGAUUCGAAAUGGACAGAAGGAACUGGUGAAACUGAAGGAAACCGUGGCCAUAUUAAAUUCUACAAAUGAAGGCGGCGAAGGCAUCGACAUGAGCCAACUGUCCGACACUGUUGUUUUGACCAAUGCCAAAGCUGUAAAGGAAGCUGCAAAGGCUCGAGAAGUUGAAACCUCGAUGGAAGUUGACGGCAAAAAAUACAACAAGAAGACAAUGAAGGAUGCUGAUGGCAAUUACCCUCCUUGGUUCAACAAGAGGCGUGUUAAGCAGCUGCAGUUAAAGAACAAAAAGGAGAAGAAGAAGAUGGCUUCAGGGAAGAAGAAGGCUCCUGGCAAAAGGAGGCAUAGAUAAGAUCAUACUUCUCUUUUAUUUUUUUCCUUCUUAAGAUAGCUGCACUUUUAUGUUAAUAUUAUUUUAAUGUAAAAUAAACAUUGACUGCUUUAACUAAAAUA